GACAACAACAACAAAAAAACUCAUUUUAAACCAUUCAGUUGUUCUGUACAGAGAUCCAUAAUAACAGGCUUCUUCUUAAUACUCUUGAUAUAUUUAUACAAAAUACACGGUUCUCCUUUAGAAGGGGCGUUUUACAAGAGGAAAGUCCUGUAGAGGUGGAUUAUGGUUAUUUCUUGACAAUUUGAAGACGCUAGUCGGAAGGUAGAAAACACACUGCUUAAUGUCGAGGAGCGUCAAACGUAAAAAAAAAACAACAACACAAAGCUAGAAAAAAAGGACAAUGAAAAGACCAUUUUGUGGCGUUGGCAUGAUGGUGUUUAAAUGUGUUGUGGAAAACAGUAGCGCUUUUGGAGAUGUACAAAAGUAUCUCAGCAACGCAGAUGACUUGGUUCAGAAAUAGAGAUGUAGAAAAGAUAGUCUGGGUAGCAGUCUGUUUAGCUAGCGUCCCCAUUAGGAAACAAUGUCAGAGUACAAGGAGUGGAGCGUUAUCAGACUGGUAGCCGGACUAGAGAAGAAGAUCUGGCAUCAUGUGGAGCGUUAUCUAACCAGACUGGUAGCCGGACUAGAGAAGAAGAUCUGGCAUCAUGUGGAGCGUUAUCUAACCAGACUGGUAGCCGGACUAGAGAAGAAGAUCUGGCAUCAUGUGGAGCGUUAUCUAACCAGACUGGUAGCCAGACUAGAGAAGAAGAUCUGGCAUCAUGUGGAGCGUUAUCUAACCAGACUGGUAGCCGGACUAGAGAAGAAGAUCUGGCAUCAUGUGGAGCGUUAUCUAACCAGACUGGUAGCCGGACUAGAGAAGAAGAUCUGGCAUCAUGUGGAGCGUUAUCUAACCAGACUGGUAGCCGGACUAGAGAAGAAGAUCUGGCAUCAUGUGGAGCGUUAUCUAACCAGACUGGUAGCCGGACUAGAGAAGAAGAUCUGGCAUCAUGUGGAGCGUUAUCUAACCAGACUGAUAGCCGGACUAGAGAAGAAGAUCUGGCAUCAUGUGGAGCGUUAUCUAACCAGACUGGUAGCCGGACUAGAGAAGAAGAUCUGGCAUCAUGUGGAGCGUUAUCUAACCAGACUGGUAGCCGGACUAGAGAAGAAGAUCUGGCAUCAUGUGGAGCGUUAUCUAACCAGACUGGUAGCCGGACUAGAGAAGAAGAUCUGGCAUCAUGUGGAGCGUUAUCUAACCAGACUGGUAGCCGGACUAGAGAAGAAGAUCUGGCAUCAUGUGGAGCGUUAUCUAACCAGACUGGUAGCCGGACUAGAGAAGAAGUUCUGGCAUCAUGUGGAGCGUUAUCUAACCAGACUGGUAGCCGGACUAGAGAAGAAGAUCUGGCAUCAUGUGGAGCGUUAUCUAACCAGACUGGUAGCCGGACUAGAGAAGAAGAUCUGGCAUCAUGUGGAGCGUUAUCUAACCAGACUGGUAGCCGGACUAGAGAAGAAGAUCUGGCAUCAUGUGGAGCGUUAUCUAACCAGACUGGUAGCCGGACUAGAGAAGAAGAUCUGGCAUCAUGUGGAGCGUUAUCUAACCAGACUGGUAGCCGGACUAGAGAAGAAGAUCUGGCAUCAUGUGGAGCGUUAUCUAACCAGACUGGUAGCCGGACUAGAGAAGAAGAUCUGGCAUCAUGUGGAGCGUUAUCUAACCAGACUGGUAGCCGGACUAGAGAAGAAGUUCUGGCAUCAUGUGGAGCGUUAUCUAACCAGACUGGUAGCCGGACUAGAGAAGAAGAUCUGGCAUCAUGUGGAGCGUUAUCUAACCAGACUGGUAGCCGGACUAGAGAAGAAGAUCUGGCAUCAUGUGGAGCGUUAUCUAACCAGACUGGUAGCCGGACUAGAGAAGAAGAUCUGGCAUCAUGUGGAGCGUUAUCUAACCAGACUGGUAGCCGGACUAGAGAAGAAGAUCUGGCAUCAUGUGGAGCGUUAUCUAACCAGACUGGUAGCCAGACUAGAGAAGAAGUUCUGGCAUCAUGUGGAGCGUUAUCUAACCAGACUGGUAGCCGGACUAGAGAAGAAGAUCUGGCAUCAUGUGGAGCGUUAUCUAACCAGACUGGUAGCCGGACUAGAGAAGAAGAUCUGGCAUCAUGUGGAGCGUUAUCUAACCAGACUGGUAGCCGGACUAGAGAAGAAGAUCUGGCAUCAUGUGGAGCGUUAUCUAACCAGACUGGUAGCCGGACUAGAGAAGAAGAUCUGGCAUCAUGUGGAGCGUUAUCUAACCAGACUGGUAGCCGGACUAGAGAAGAAGAUCUGGCAUCAUGUGGAGCGUUAUCUAACCAGACUGGUAGCCGGACUAGAGAAGAAGUUCUGGCAUCAUGUGGAGCGUUAUCUAACCAGACUGGUAGCCGGACUAGAGAAGAAGAUCUGGCAUCAUGUGGAGCGUUAUCUAACCAGACUGGUAGCCGGACUAGAGAAGAAGAUCUGGCAUCAUGUGGAGCGUUAUCUAACCAGACUGGUAGCCGGACUAGAGAAGAAGAUCUGGCAUCAUGUGGAGCGUUAUCUAACCAGACUGGUAGCCGGACUAGAGAAGAAGAUCUGGCAUCAUGUGGAGCGUUAUCUAACCAGACUGGUAGCCGGACUAGAGAAGAAGAUCUGGCAUCAUGUGGAGCGUUAUCUAACCAGACUGGUAGCCGGACUAGAGAAGAAGAUCUGGCAUCAUGUGGAGCGUUAUCUAACCAGACUGGUAGCCGGACUAGAGAAGAAGAUCUGGCAUCAUGUGGAGCGUUAUCUAACCAGACUGGUAGCCGGACUAGAGAAGAAGAUCUGGCAUCAUGUGGAGCGUUAUCUAACCAGACUGGUAGCCGGACUAGAGAAGAAGAUCUGGCAUCAUGUGGAGCGUUAUCUAACCAGACUGGUAGCCGGACUAGAGAAGAAGAUCUGGCAUCAUGUGGAGCGUUAUCUAACCAGACUGGUAGCCGGACUAGAGAAGAAGAUCUGGCAUCAUGUGGAGCGUUAUCUAACCAGACUGGUAGCCGGACUAGAGAAGAAGAUCUGGCAUCAUGUGGAGCGUUAUCUAACCAGACUGGUAGCCGGACUAGAGAAGAAGAUCUGGCAUCAUGUGGAGCGUUAUCUAACCAGACUGGUAGCCGGACUAGAGAAGAAGAUCUGGCAUCAUGUGGAGCGUUAUCUAACCAGACUGGUAGCCGGACUAGAGAAGAAGAUCUGGCAUCAUGUGGAGCGUUAUCUAACCAGACUGGUAGCCGGACUAGAGAAGAAGAUCUGGCAUCAUGUGGAGCGUUAUCUAACCAGACUGGUAGCCGGACUAGAGAAGAAGAUCUGGCAUCAUGUGGAGCGUUAUCUAACCAGACUGGUAGCCGGACUAGAGAAGAAGAUCUGGCAUCAUGUGGAGCGUUAUCUAACCAGACUGGUAGCCGGACUAGAGAAGAAGAUCUGGCAUCAUGUGGAGCGUUAUCUAACCAGACUGGUAGCCGGACUAGAGAAGAAGAUCUGGCAUCAUGUGGAGCGUUAUCUAACCAGACUGGUAGCCGGACUAGAGAAGAAGAUCUGGCAUCAUGUGGAGCGUUAUCUAACCAGACUGGUAGCCGGACUAGAGAAGAAGAUCUGGCAUCAUGUGGAGCGUUAUCUAACCAGACUGGUAGCCGGACUAGAGAAGAAGAUCUGGCAUCAUGUGGAGCGUUAUCUAACCAGACUGGUAGCCGGACUAGAGAAGAAGAUCUGGCAUCAUGUGGAGCGUUAUCUAACCAGACUGGUAGCCGGACUAGAGAAGAAGAUCUGGCAUCAUGUGGAGCGUUAUCUAACCAGACUGGUAGCCGGACUAGAGAAGAAGAUCUGGCAUCAUGUGGAGCGUUAUCUAACCAGACUGGUAGCCGGACUAGAGAAGAAGAUCUGGCAUCAUGUGGAGCGUUAUCUAACCAGACUGGUAGCCGGACUAGAGAAGAAGAUCUGGCAUCAUGUGGAGCGUUAUCUAACCAGACUGGUAGCCGGACUAGAGAAGAAGAUCUGGCAUCAUGUGGAGCGUUAUCUAACCAGACUGGUAGCCGGACUAGAGAAGAAGAUCUGGCAUCAUGUGGAGCGUUAUCUAACCAGACUGGUAGCCGGACUAGAGAAGAAGAUCUGGCAUCAUGUGGAGCGUUAUCUAACCAGACUGGUAGCCGGACUAGAGAAGAAGAUCUGGCAUCAUGUGGAGCGUUAUCUAACCAGACUGGUAGCCGGACUAGAGAAGAAGAUCUGGCAUCAUGUGGGCUUCUAUCUAACAGACUGGUAG